AUGACAUAUCGUCCACAACCUCCAUCAUCAACAACUUCAUUUACACCACCAUCAAUGAACGAGCGAGGACAAGGUGAAGGAUCAUUACGUAGGAUGCCUUCUGCAAAAGAUAUAGCCACAUCCUCAUCAACUUUUGUCAGUCCGUUAACUAGGUUAGAAGUGGAAGGCAGGAGCGCGAGAAGUAGAGCAAACUCAGCAUCGAAACCUAAUGGGUCAACAUCAUCGCCAAACACGUAUAACCAGUAUCAAUCACAAUCACAAUCACAAUCACCUCCACCACCUCCUGUCCCAGCAUUAGAAUUCGGUAACCUCUUUCGAGAUUCAAGAUAUUCAGUAGAUUCACUUAGUACAGUUGGAUCUCGCUUAUCUAUAAAUUCAUAUUCAAGCUUUGAUACCAUCAAUCAAUCUCAUGAAAGUUCAAUUAACGAUGAUGAUGAUGAUGAUGACGAUGGCUACGAAUCACCUUCAACGCCAAAAGCGUCAACUUCGACCCAAGGGAAAUCGUAUUUUGAACAACAACAACAAAAUAGAAAAUCAUCUCCCACAAGAGGUGAAUUGCAGAUGAACGACAUUGGAAAGACGAGAAUGCCCUCUUCGAAUAGUCACACAGCUAUAAAGGUAUCGCCAGCUGAUAAAGCUCUUACUCCAAAAAGAAGUUUUUCAGUCACAUCCAGACGUGCUCCACCAAACCCAAAAUCAGGUCCUGUUCCACCUCAACCGCCCUCUUUCUACCUGUCCCAGAACGACCAACCUAUCUUCAACUUGGGUAAUGUCCCACCAAAAGGAAGAAACAGAUCAGUAUUAGAUACACGCGCUCGAGAGAUUCCUGCGGCUCAUCAUGCUCAUGAAAGAGAAGUCACGUUGGAUUCCGCAAGUGUGCACGGGGAACAAGGAAGUGAUUGGGGCGAUGACGAAAGUCAAUUCGAAUGGGUUGAUACCGAAAACGCACCAGAAGCUACUAAUGGCGUCGACAGCUCACGAGGUGGGGCAGGAACAAGUCCGACCAAGAGAUUAUCGAGAUUGGUGAAAGCAGCUGUCAUUGGUGGAGGUAUUGAUGGACAAGGACCAAAGAGACUGAGAAAACCCUUGGUGAUACAUCGUAGAGCACCGCCGCCACCACCAAACACCACUCCAGCUUUACCAUCAUCACAACCAAAUUCUCCAAUAAGAAAACAGAGUAGCUUAACUCCUAUAAUACCCCAACCGACAGCGAUGCUGCCUUCUCAAUUACCACAUCGAUCAGGCUCGCUUCGUGCUGCAUCAUCUUCAAAUACUGCUCGUCGACUACCGGUAAACAAUCCAAACAUCCAUCAGCACCCAGGAUUCACCCGACCUCCACAGGAAGCGGAUCUAUUCAUCCCUCCUCAAGCGCCUUUUGCUCAUCCCCUGAAACGUCCGUCACCCCUCAUGGUCCCAAUGAAGGUUGACGAUGGACCGACCUCUCCGAUGGGAGAUGCAGAUUCUCGUCGCUCACACAUGUCAUUCCAAUCUGUCGCAUAUUCGUUCUACGAUUUAGAUGGAGAACAAUCGCCAGCAGCGACACCUAAAGCAGAAGGUGAACUAGCUUUCCCGCAUGGAAAAUACGUCAAAGUGUCUGCCUCCGCCUUGGAAAGAGAAAGGGAGAUCAGGAUUAGAUCUGAUUCUGAGAGAUCCAGAGGUAGUGGCGAUGCUGGGAAAACACCGGAAGAUUUUGUUCAUGCAGGUAUUGAAGCUAGGGGUAAAGGGGAUUUAGCAAAAGCUGCUUGGUAUUUUAUGAGAGCUGCUGAGGGUGGUAGUGCGACUGGAAGGAUGUAUUGGGGCUUAUCACUUCGUCAUGGAUGGGGAGUAGCCCGUGAUGAUAAAAGGGCCUUCGUAGAACUUCGUCAAGCAUGUGAUGAUACGUUGGCAGAAGGUGCUUUGAACUUCCAUAAAUCACCUGGACAUGUCAAACUGACAUCUCAGCAGAAGAAGGCAAUGCAAAAAGAACUUUCUUUGGGAAUGUUUGAAGUCGGGAAUUGCUUUCUCGAGGGUAUAGGAGUGAAAAAAUCUCCUGAAGUAGCCAUAGCAUAUCUCAAAUUUGCGGCUGGAAUGGGUGAUGUAGCUUCCCAAGAACAAUUGGGGUUCAUAUUGUCCAAAGGAUCUCAUUCUAUCAAGAAGGAUAUGAAAGAAGCAUCUAAAUGGUACAGGAUGGCUAUUGCAAAUGGAUCAAGCAAUACUUUUGGAUUAGCUUGGAUCUGGAAGGAUAAAUACAUGAAUCAAUCUUAA